AUGGUCGCCCUUCGAGGGAUAGUAUUUUAUAUAUCUCUGUUAUAUUGUAUAACUCCAGUUGUAUCACACAAGCGAUUUCAUGCUAGAAGGGCAGCAGGGCUAAAUGACUACUUCAUAGGCUUCCGAUUCGAUGAUGAGCCGAAAAGUGCAACGGUGACUGAUGGCCGUAUACUCCUGAACUGUCAAUACACUGUUGAAAGAGCUAAUAUUAAAGAUGUUCGGUUAGAAUGGAAAAAAGACGGAUCUUCGCUCAAUGUCAAAUCCAGUAGUAGGAUGCAACUUUUUUCAAAUGGCUCUUUGUCGAUACACGACGUUACUAUUAGUGACACUGGUUCCUACCGCUGUGUCGUGCAUGUGACUUCAAACGACGGUUUCACAUGGACCUACAUGAGUAGAAAAGCUGUGAUUGUAUUGCCGGACCUACCAAAGUUCGAAGCGCAACCAAUUGAUCGUCUUGUGGCAAAAGGUCAACCAGUCGUUUUCCAGUGUAUUACGCUCGCUAAACCACCUCCUACAGUAGUAUGGUAUCAUAAUAAUCAGCCGAUUUCUAGUGGAGCUGACUACAACGUUCUGCCCGUUUCGAGUUCUCUUGAAAUCCAAUCCGUGCAACCGCGGCACGAGGGGGAAUACAAAUGCGUUGUGGAAGGUGCAGGCAAACGAAGGACGAGUUUGAGUGGACGAUUACGUAUAGACAAUGGAUUUCCAUCACAAGAGCUCACCUUCCUUUCGGCUCCUCGGGUUCAAACUGCAAAAGAAGGAGAAGACAUUAUUCUCGAGUGUCUUGUUACAUCCCAAGGUUCUGCGGAAGUGCGAUGGCUGAAGGAUACCCGUCAGGUUGCCAUUGAUGGGGUAAGAGUGAGGCGUGUAGGAAUUUCUUCGCUGCUGCUCUCAAAUGUUAUGGGCUCUGAUUCUGGGCUCUACACUUGCAGAGCUAGUAACACGCAUGAUUCUCUCGAUCGCACCGUCGCCGUACAUGUUGCAGUCGAACCUCGCCUCACUGUGCGUCCUCAGAGUAAGGUAGCUUUAGAGACGGCUGAUGUUGAGUUCGAAUGCUUGUCAACUGGCAGUCCAAGUCCGACUGUAUCUUGGUUCAAGAAUGGCGAAACCAUCAUAGCUAGCGAUUACUUUGUUGUCGAACCAACUAAACUGCGAAUCCUUGGCCUUGUAAAAGCUGAUCAAGGCGUGUAUCAAUGUAUUGCGGAAAAUGACGCAGGCAGUGAUCAGGCAUUAGCACAACUUCUUGUGGAUAGCGCAGAUUCUUCAUCUGUUGCUGCUUCUUCGGGACAGCCGCUUGUUGCUUCUGCUCCGCUUGGAAUUAAAGUCGGGUCGUUAGGCAGCCGUUUUGUCAGCUUGGAUUGGGAUCCUCCGCUUGUGCGACAUGGACAUAUCAUGAGAUAUCACGUCUUUUACAAAGAAGAAGAUAGUGAUAGAGAGAGAAUGGUGAACUCUUCCUCUACUUCUGUGACAAUCACAUCUUUGCAACCUGAUACGCUUUAUUUGCUACGGGUAGCAGCCGAGAACGAAGCUGGAAUGGGUAAAAUCAGUGAUCACAUCAAAGUUACGACGAAAAAAGAACAGGCUGUACCAGGACGUGUCACGAAUUUGGUUGCACGUGCACUCGGUCCAGAGACGAUCGAAGUGAAAUGGGAUCCUCCGCAAGGCGGACCAUUGGCCCUUCGAUACAAACUCUUCUAUAUAAGAAACCCACCAGAACCUGACGACAAGGAGACUCAAACAAUAAUAUCCUCAACGGCAUACACUUUACAUGGCAUGGACAAGUUCACAGAAUACCUAAUACGUGUAGAAGCCGAAGGAGAAAACGGUAGCGGUCUGAGUAGUGCACCGCUGAAGGUGCGUACUUUGUCGGAUGUUCCUUCUUCUCCACCUCGAGAUAUUGUAGCUGAAACAGUGUCAAGUACGAGCGUUAGGAUCAGCUGGAGUGAGCCCGAUCCAGAUAGUACAAAUGGGGAGAUUACAGGAUAUAGGCUAAAGUACAAAACACGAGUUCGUGGAAGCAAAGGCAACACUUUCGUUCUGGAUGCCAGCGAAAGAGAGUACACAAUUACCGGGUUGGACGUGAACACCCAAUACCUUGUUCGAAUGGCAGUUGUCAACCAUAAUGGAACAGGACCGUACUCAGACUGGAUUCCUGUUGCCACUUCUCUUAUGGAUAAGGAGGAAGCGCUGCUUGGCGCUCCUCGUGAGCUCCGUCCUCAAGCGGGUCCCGACUACAUUUUGAUCUCCUGGCUUCCUCCAGCUGACGAAACUAUUCUCGUUAGGGGAUACCAGAUUGGUUGGGGUAACAAUGUCCCUGACGUUUCAAUGGAACGUGUUGGUCCCAAUGUCCUACAACAUAAAAUUACUGGGUUACGUCCUUCGAGAGAGUACGUUGUUUCCUUGCGCGCUUUCAACAAACAAGGCUCUGGUUUCCCAAUCUAUGAGACUGUCAAGACUCUAUCCCAUUCCUCAUCGUUGUAUUUGGACGGUUCUCUGUCUUCUGGGCCGUUAGUUACUCCUCUUGGCGUUCGCGCAGAGGCCCUUUCCGCAACGUCAAUCCGAGUCACAUGGACUGAAUCGGAUCCUAACGCUUUCAAUGUAAUGUACACAGUGAGAUACAGUACCAGUGCCGAUGGGAAUCAAGUUCGCUAUGUUAACGUAUCUGAAUCGUGGGUCACGAUAGAAGGACUACGUCCAGACACUGAAUACGAGUUUUCUGUACGGUCUCUGGCAGCAGGCGUAGGUCCCAGUCCAUGGAGUAUGGCUGCAAGAAACAAAACACAUGCCUCAGCUCCAUCAUCUGCACCACGUGAUCUUACUAUUCUUCCUGCUGCUUCUGGUGAUCCACAAGCAGUUUUGUUAAACUGGCAGCCACCAAAAUACUCCAAUGGAGAAGUAGAAGAGUAUCUCAUCUACUACACUGACCGAGUUAUGCAAGCUGACAAGGACUGGAGUAUUCACUACGUCCAAGGAGAUCGGUUAAGUCAUGAAAUUCGAAAUCUUCUGCCAAAAACCUCUUAUUACUUCAAAAUCCAAGCGCGGAAUGAGAAAGGGUAUGGACCUCUGUCUCCAGUCCAGACGUUCGCUCCUUUCGGAGGUUCUCGACCGGCAGGUGUCGUUGUUCCUUCUUCCGGGAAAGGAUCCAGCCUGCGUUGGAAUGAUUUACUGGCGUUAUUCACUUCUAAUCCGAUGUACAUAGCUGUAGUGGUGGCUUUCGGUGCUCUCGUUCUUCUCUGCAUUAUACUGGUGGCUGUAUGUAUUUUCAGGAGGGGCUCUAAGAACAAAAGUGGAUACACGGCAGGAAAAAAGACAAGCACACAACAACCAGGUGCCGAUCUGUGGAUCGAUCAUCCCAGCGGUAACCAUAUACGUGGAGGACCUUCGGACUACAUGGUGAAUGGUAUUGGAGCAUCUGUAGUGGAUAUGAAACAUCUAACUGGGCCGGAAGUUGUCGAAUCUCCUCCGCCAAGAUAUCAUGCAUUACAAGAUUCUACAUAUGGAUCAGUGUCCAUGCGUCAUACUCGAACACCGGCACGCCAUUCAAUAUCUUCUUAUGAUGAAGAGUUGCGACAUCUGGAACUCGAAGGUCGUCGCCCUGUCGUUGUCGGCCGAGCAAAGCCGAUUCUAGCCUCUGUUGUCGGCUACGGUCCUCCUUCUGAAGAAAGCCAGGGAACUUUGUCACGAAGUUAUCACCACUCGCAAUCGAGUCUUGAGGGGCAAAGACAGCGAACACCACAGGUUGUCUAUACAGGCAGUGGAAGGCAUCAGCCAAUCGCCAAAAUAGAAUUCGGAGAGUCACCGUACGGAUCAACUUCGGCGUUAGCUUCUGGGACACCUCCUGUGCCAAUGCAAGCACCACCACCUGGACCCCCCUCUGUGGUUGAUGGAUACCGAACACUUCGUGUAGGAACAAAUUCAGGUCAACAAAGUCAGGGCGCUCUAAGGUCGUUUACACAAUUAGCUGGCACGCCUCCACCUCCUACGAAUAACCAAGCGUUGCCUCAACAGCAAAUCCGACCAAUAGUUGUAGCGGCCGGUGGUAGACAGUUGCCUGUUGGAAGGGCAACUGCACAACCGAGAGUGAAUGUAACUAACAUAUACAGUCCAUACGCAUCUUGUUCGUCCGAUACAGAGAUGGAAAAGAAGCACGCUCAAGCUGAUGCGGAGCCUCCUGAUAGUUCAGGAACUCUACGGCCUUCAAACUCAACAGAAGAAUUGAACGCGCAAAUGGAGAACUUGGAUACGAUGAUUGAUGAUCUACAGGCGCUUCAACAUGAAUUUGGAGUAGUGUCUUGA